AUGGCCCAUUUUGACCCGCUUAGCUUAAUCCUCGAGGAAUCAAACAAUCAAAUACAAGAGUUGACUAAUGAACUUGCGACAAAUAAUGCUAAUAUAACGAAAGAAACGCUUUCACCAGCAGAAGCAGCUACAAAACGCGCUACAACAAAGAAACGUGCAUUAUCACCGCCAUUAUCCUUGACAAAGUGUCAAGGUUGCAACGUUUCUACAGCAAAAUAUAAAUGUCCACGUUGCAGAUUUCGUACUUGUUCCCUUGCUUGUAGUCGUAAACAUAAAGAAAUUGCCAAAUGCAAUGGGAUUAGAUCAAAGACACAUUAUGUACCUCGUGAAAACUAUGGAUAUCAAGAAUUAAUGUUAGAUUAUACUUAUCUUGAAGGAGUUUCACGUACAAUUGACGUUAGUGAACGAUCGUUGCCAGAAAAAUAUAAUUCUGAUGCUGAUCGGGAAAGCCAUAAGCGAUAUCAUCAAGAUCUUGUUUAUAAAGCAGCACAUCGACGCGGGAUCAAUUAUUUCUCUAUGCAUCGAGGAAUGAAAAGGAAUCAAAUGAACACGUCUAGAUUCAUUUAUCAAACGCUCAAUAUAAUUUGGCAAGUUGAAUGGAUAUUUCCGGAACUCGAAAAUCAAACAAUUUAUCAUAGAAUAAGUGAAAAGAAGGUUUUGUCAGAAGCCUUGAAGGAAUCGAUUAUACCGCGUUUAACUGCUUCUGAACAAACAUACUUUACCGGGACAAAUUCUAAUGACUACGAUUUUUUCCUCAAAUUGGAGAAACAACCUUCAAAUAAUAUAACGUAUUUUCGCGUGAAUCCCAAUUCCACUUUACUUAAUUCAUUAAAGGAACUGCCAAAGAAUCCUGGACUUGAAGAAGUACGAACAUUGGAUAAGAAUGAUCCCGAAACAAGUAAAGGCAUAAUAUUGCAAAAUACAAAUAUCAAAGAUGCUAAUGGUGAUGAGAUAGUUCAAGAUAAUACGAUCUGCGAAGCAAGGCUUAGUUAG